AGGAAAACCGAGGCACGGAAGAUAACGCGCGUGCUGGGGCCCUGGGAGUCGUCCGUGGUGAGCCUGCAGUCCAUCCUCAUCUGGGAACGGCCUGGAACGAGUUCGGGCGCGGUGGUGGCGGUGAACGUGCUCUUCUGAAAGAAGGAAGUCACACGUAUAGAUAGAGAGAACAAGAGCAGGAUAAAAUAACAGGAAGAAAGUGAGUCAUAAUGAUAGAGAACAGGAAAGAAGGGGAUAGAUAAAAGUAAAGAGAACAAGCGUAAGAUAAAAACACGAGGAGGUGACAGGUAAAAAUAGAGAGAACAAGAGAAAGAAAAACAGAAGAUAGUGAAAGGUAAUCACAAAAAGGACGAGAGAAAAAGAAAGAAAGUGACACAUAAAUGAGAGAACAAGAGAGAAAAAAAAAUAAAGUGACUCUUAAAGACAGAGAGAACAAGAGAAAGAUAAGCAAUAUGAGAGUAAAGUGACAGGCAAUGAUGGAAAGGACAAGAGAGAGAGAAAAAAUAAUAAUAAUAGUUUUAUUUCGCCCAGCGGCAUAUAUAAAAGACGGGACAAGACGAAUGAAUGAGAUCGAACAAGACACAUACUGCUUAAAUAAUUGACAACUUAUAAUUAUGUACGCGUGUGCACAGCACACUUAUGCACAUUCUACACGUACAGAAGGCUCAGCCACUCCCGCCGCAUAAAUCCACAUACAUAGGCCGAGCUCUGUCUGAUGGAGGUGAUGAUGGAGUUCCCAGAUUGUUCCACUCUACUCCUCAUUCUGUACGUAGUGUGGCGACGCAGCACAGCCAGACAGUUCAUCCCGUGCCCGGUGAAGGCCAGGGAUGAGCUAGUCCAUCUAGGACGCCCCAGAAGCCGCUUGAGGAUGUCAUUAUGACAGACCCUAAGAUGGUUCAUGGAGGCAGCCCUAUACCGCGACCACAGCGAGUAGCAGUGGCCCCUGAAUAACUCCAACUUCACCUCCGUGCUGCAGAAGGAGAAUUUCCUCAGCAGCGUGUUGCCGAUGACUGUGAGCUCGGUGGUCUGCUUCUUGAUGUCAUCAUCAUCAGUCCGUUCCCUGUUGAUGAAAUGGCCCAGGCUGGUGGUGUGGAGUGAGCUUCGCGUCUACUUCGUGGUGAGCGUGGCCGCCCUUGCCGUCUUCCUGCACCACCAAUGGGUCCACUCCAUCUGGCCCGAAAUUCGUGUACCUAAACCGGAACCGGACGAUGCUGAAGAAUGGACCCCCGUGCAUCCCAGCGUGUUGUCGGUCCCGGAGAUCAGUCAGUAUGUGGAGACGGCGCUACGCUUCCUACGGGACAACUACGCGUGGAUGCUGCAGCUGCGUCGCCAUCAGCCCGCCCUGUUCUGCGCCCUCACGUCCACGAUGCUGAGUCUGUGCGGCGUGCUGGGCUACAUGGUGCCGGGCGUGGUACUGGUGUACCUGCUGAUGAUGCUGGUGAUGACGGGGCCAGGGGUCUUCCUACACCUCGUCCCCGACUCCUUCUACGAGAGGUUUAGCCGGAUGCGUGCUGCUCUGAGGGGAGACACUUCAGGCAUGGAGGCCUCCCAUGUGUCUCUGGACAGUGACAUCUCUGAGUUCAUGCCAGAGCUGCAGUCUCUGGAGGCUCAGGCUGCCCUGGACGUGCCCCUGAUGAGCCAGGACCCGUUGGAGGUGGAGGAAACGAAGGAGGUCAGUGCCUCGGCCAAGGAGGGCGGCAAAACCACCACCAGGAGGCGUAAGGGAGGCAAGGGUUCAGGCGACGACGACGACUCUGUCACCUCACCUGUCUCUGCUCAAGACGACAGCAUUCCGUUCUUCAGUGGGCUGCCCGAAGACUUCCCCUCCUACGAUCACGACAGCGUCGAUGACCUGGAUGACCCAGACAUCGACCUGCCUGAGCCCUGUCCUCCCGUCCCCCAGCCUAGUCAGAGACAUACACGGAACAAUGGCGACCGCUACCAGAUGGAGUUCGUGUCGUCUCACUUUGGGGACAGCAGUGACGAGGAGGAGGCCUUCAUGGAGGGCCUGUCCUUCGAGCAGCGGGGACAGCUGAGACCUGAGCCCCAGCACCCACCCCAGGGGCACUCCCAGCCACCCCUCCAAGCUGCAGAUCCCAUUGGUCAGUUGAUGAGCAGUGUCAUAGCCCAGAACGCAGGCAGUGUCUUGUCUGCCCUGGGCCAAAACCUGGUAACAUCUGUGAUAGGACAGGCCAGUGGGGUCACGUCUCAAGUCCCACACAUGGCCACCCAACAGCAGCCUCCCCCAAGAAUGACGAGGUCACUGGACUCAACGCAGCAGUCCACCACCGACAUUGAGGACGAUUUUGAACUCAUUUCCGACGAGGAAUGUCAGUGACGGCGUCCACAGACUCAAAGGCACACAUUAACACGAUAAUAUCCACUGUACUCAGUCGCAGUGCAUUUAAAAGCAAACCCCGAUGGUACCUAACUUGUUUACGGAUCAUUCAGUCAUAAUCGCAUAAAUUUUCCAUAGUUCGUAUUCAUGCAAGACAUUAAAUUCUCAUAUCAAAGUGAUGGCUGCCUUAAAAUUAUUAAAAGUAUGCUUCUCAAGACUCCCAACAAUACUGUGUCAAAGAGAAGAACUGGAAACAGAGUAGUGAGGAUGGAGUACUUUUGAGUGGACAGUUUGCAUUUAUUUAUUCAAGAAGACUCUUUACAGUAAUAUACUGUUUUGUUUAUGCAGGUGAUAGUUACAAUGUCUGACUUGUAAUAUACAGAUGUAGAGACCAACACUACCUGGGAAUCCUGUCAGUGUCCAGAUGUCACAUAGUAUUACCGUUCCUACAUAGUAAGGUCUGUUUGCCACUUUGUAUGCUUUGUUCCAAUUAAUGCUCUUAUCAGGAAAAAAUACUAGGGAAAAUUGAUUUGAGGUAUGAAGCAAACACCUGUCAAAAUAUAAUUGAUGUUUAUCGUUUUUCAUCAGUUAUAACGAUAGUUAAUUUUCAUAACACAACUAAAUUAUGCUUUAUUUCAAUUAGUAUUCAUAUCAAGAAUGAUAUAUUCAUAAAAACUGGUGUGAGGUAUUAUAUUUGUCAAAUUAAAAUUGAUCUUUAACGUUCUUUAUUUGAUAAUUACGACGAUAUAUAGUUGAUUUUCAUACCACAACUAAAUUUUCCGGAGUUGUUUAUUUUCCGAGUCAUGAGUACAGAAUAGACCGAUGCGUGCAAACUGGCAACCACACCCUGACUUAGAUCUCAGGAAGCGGCAUGUCCUGCGUCGCUCUUGGUCGUCGGCACAGCUGGCAGAGGUUCUCGGGGUGGUGGCAGUGAGAGGGAGAGAGAGCCAAGGAUUAAAAAAAGACAAAGGUUUGGCAUUACUGCAGAAAAAAACAAAAUACUACUGCAUAUACUUGUGUAAAAAAAGAUUCACCCACCAAGGCUAUUAUACUAUUUUCAGUUGAAGAGCAAAAUUAUUUAUAUUAAGAGAAGUAUAUGGUAUCCAUGUAUAAGUCAUUUCCUUCCAAAAGUCAUUAACAUUUCUUUUAACUUUUACGUGAGUGUGUGCAGUAGUGUCCUCAAUAAUCCGUGUCAUCGUUAAAAUAGGAGUGGGAAUUAGUCUUUUCUUCUCUACAAAGGUGCACUUAGACAGCUUGUACCUGAUUAAAUACUUCCCCUCUUCAAAACCUUUACUCUCCUUGUAGUGCUGUGUUUGCCUGGGCUUCAUCAGGCGCCAGGUAACACUGACGGCCUUCCUGAGACAGACACACCUGGAGGCCGCACACAGAACACAUGCUAACCAUCUAGUGGGAGUGGAUUUUUAGUUCAUAUUUAUUUGUAUAUUUAUUUAUUUAUCAUUUUCUGUAACUUUGGUUCUUAUGGCGCUUUCAACUUUACAGUAUCAUUAGUUUCUUCAGUUUACUCUUUUGAUGUGGAAGUGACUGUUUGUGAGUCUUGCGAGAGUUGCGUAGAGGAAGAAAGGUGCUGGGGUGAGUGCAGAGCAGGGGGGGGGAGGCUAGGAAUAAAGGGGAGUAGUGUGGUCUGUGUGGGGUGCUUAGAAGGGGUGAGGGAGUCUAGGAAUGGGAGGGCAAAGGCAGGGGGCAUGUGUGAUAAGGAACGUCUCUGAAUGUGUGUGUGUAAUAGAGGCAGUGAUAGGAUGUCUGCCUGAAUGCUGGUCGGUUUGUGGUAUGUUGUGUGGUGAGGGUUAGUGGGAGGGGCAGUAUGGACAUGGGUUACGAGAGUGGGACAUGUGAUUUGUUACUGAAUAGGGGUUUGACGGGGACAGGCUUGAGGUAGGUUUAACAGACCCUCCAAUUCCUGUUUCAUUUUAACCCGGUAGCUGCGGUGAUCAUGUUUCUUAAAGACCCCUCUAAGCGAGAAUAAUGAGAAAGAAUCAUCACACGCAAACCAUUUCAUAAUAUACGUAUAUCAAUGCAUUUGUGAUCAGUUUAUGCAUCAUCUUUUUUGGGGAUUUAUAUCAUGGCAAAAAUUUGGCCUGUCGCUGGUACACGGUAGAGCCACAAAUUUGGCCUGUCGCCGGUACCGGGUUAAGUGUUUCCUCAUUAUGCAUCCUUGAGCUGACUCCUCCACACAAACACACACAUAAAUAGAAGUCCCACCAGUCCCAAAUCAGUAAAUCUCAUUGAAAUAACACUUCCAUUUUGCUUGAAUUUCUUUGGUACCUGUCUUGCAUUAAAUAGAGGAGUCACAUUUAUGAGUAAGGAUGGGGAAAGGGGAAGGUUGAGUAAGGGUGAGGAAGGGGUAGGCUAAGGAAGGUUGAGUAAGGGUGGGGAAGGGGAAGGUUGAGUAAGGGUGAGGAAGGGGAAUGCUAAGGAAGGUUGAGUAAGGGUGAGGAAGGUUGGAUAAGGGUGGGGAAGGGGGAGGCUGAGGAAUCACUUACGGCACUCUUGUUGGAAUGGCAUCUUAAUUAAUAAAACAUAAAACAAAAAAAUGCAUCCAUGCUAUCCGUAUAUACUCAAAAGGGUUAUUUUUAUUAUAGUCAAUCAUGUGUGGUCAUAAUAUUUUUGUAAGGAUUAUCUUGGCUGUUGUAAAUUAGCCUUGGGACAUGAAUGGGAUGUCACGCCAACAGCGAUAUAAAUUAAGUGUACUAUUUGAGUAAAAAAAAAUUGAUGAACUUGUUAAGCUAGGGACAAGUUCUUACUGGACACGAUGGGAACGUCUUUUAAAUAAAUUCACAAAAAAUACUCAGUAGUCUUCAAGGUCUGUACAUACUGGACUUAGCAACCCAUUAGUUCAUGAAUUCUGCAAUUAGGUGAAUAAGGGUAAGCAUCCUUUUGAUAUAAAACACUUUUAUAAUUACUGUAAAGUCAAAUUACUCAAUGUUGUGAUGUGUUAGGGUUAGGCGUGGGCCCCAGAAGACAGGCAGCCAUGUACAGUUUCUUUAGGGCAGUGCCUGGUGGCUGGGGGGCCCACGAGGAUAAUGUGUUUUAGUUUUGUAGGAAUGGAAGUCGAUGUAGUAAACUUACCUUGGGGCAAAAAGUCAGUGGGGCAAAACUUUCAAGGUUUGGAUGUCAGACAAGAGGGAGGGAGAGAGGGCGUGCAAGAAAUUGGAGUGAGUGAUGUGAAUUGCAAGUGAAAAGGCAAGGGAGUGUUUUGUAGGUGUCAGUGUAGUAACCUUCUUGUGGAGUAAUAAAUCAAUAGGGAGAGCUUACAAGGUGUGGAUGACAAAUAGGAGGGAGUGCAGGGAAAUAUGAGUAUGAUAGAGCUGUCCGGAUGUGAAUGGCAAGUGAAAAGGAGCAAAGGGGUGUUUUCUAGAUGUCAGUGCAGUAAUUUUUUCAUGGGUAAUAUAUCAGUGUGGGGAGAGCUUUCAAGGCCUAUCCAUAUAGCUCGUGAGAGGGAGGAAGGUAGGAAAGCUGCCAAUAGGUCUUUACAGUCUUUUGGUUUUGUAGGAAAGAAAUCAAUGUACGAAACUACCUUAUCGUUGGGAGUAAGUCAGAGUAAAGAGAACUUUUUAGGUGUGUAUGUCUUGUAAGAGUAUGAGAGGAAGUGUAGGAAUGCUGCCACCAGGUCAUGGUUUAUCUAUCUCUUUUGUAGGAAGGUAAUCAAUGUAGGAACUUUGUAAUUGGAAAUAAGUCACUGUGGGGGAGCUCUCAAAAUGUGUAUGGCUUAUAAGAGUGUGAGAGGGAGUGUGAAGAUUGCUGCCACUAGCCCAUGGUUUACCUAUCUGUUUUGUAGGAAGGGAAUUAAUGUAGGAACUGUGUAAUUGGAAAUAAGUAACUGCAGAAGAGCUUUCAAGAUGUGUAUGGCUAAUUCGAGGGAGGGAGGCGGUGCAAGGAGGGGCGUUAAUAAGUCCUGGGUUGUCUUGGGUGUUCACACGUGCUCUCUAGAUUAAUAUGCGGUCUCCAUCAGGGUGGCAAUGAAUGUAAAGCAUCACAUGGCCUUUUUAUUUUACUUAUACAGAAGCAGUUCACUGAGUUAUUUAUUUUCCUGAGAUUAAGUGUAAGUUUUUGUUUCUUGUUUCUCACCCUCCCUACCCAGCCCAUGUGGGAAUCAGGGAGUGGGAGAUAGGAUGACAAUAAAACACAACUGAGUGAACUGCUGCAAUGCAUGGGAAACUUUUAGUUAUAUCUUCUUCGAAGUUUGUGAGUAUAAUAUUUUCCAGUUAUAUCCUUGCUUUCUUUACUCAGGGGUUCUUGUAGAGAAAACAUUCUGCGUAAUAACUUUCCUUCCCAUUGAUAAAUAGUGGAAGGUUGUAGUUUUUUAAUCAUUAUUAUCUUUUAUAUAAUUUAAAAACAACUUUCCCAUAUUCUGAAAAAGUAAUUUGUUAUUGUAAUUUAUACCUUUGACAAGAAUGACCAUCUUGUUUUAUGAAAAGCUGGUCGCGUUGCUCAUUAUUGCCACAUAAUAUAAGAAGUAUUUUGUGUGAUGCCUUGGACACAGCAGUGUGAUAGUUCAUCUCUUCAGUCAGAGGUCAUUGCAUCAUUGGAACCUUGGUUAUAAAUAUAUUUAUUUUAUCAUAGGUUCAGAGAAAGAUGCCUGUUGUUUGUAGGUAAGGUACUGUGUUAGAAGGGAGCGGAAAGGACUUUACUGUGGCAUCACUGAGAAGUGCAGCCAAAGCAGUGAUAUGCUACCAAAGAUGUGAGGGACAGGGAGGCACAGAGUAGGGUUCUGGGAGUGCUGGUGCAGGAAGGGGAGGGGGAGUGAAAGCUUCUUGGUAAGGAAAUUGCAAUAUACUGAAUUACGUAUAUACACUAUAUUUGCUAAGGUUGGGAUAACAAUAACCCUUAUGCAGGUAUUUAAUUUAUUUGGCCAUUAAUUAAGAAAAAAAUAUGUUAACAUCAAUAAAAUCACUUAUAUAUUUUUGUAAAUAUUUGCCAAUAUGUGUGCAGAUAUUGGCUUGCAGUAUUAUUUGCUAAAAGUAAUUUUGGCUCCUAUUUAGUCCCUUGGUAUAAGUCAGCCUCUGCUGUCCAGGCUGGCAGCCACAGUGAGGGAAGCAGCUGAGGCCUCGUCUGCCCUUGGUGGGGAUCCUAUGGACUUGGGGGAUAAAAUGGGUAAUAAAUAUUUUAUAAUGAUAUCACCUGAGUUGAGUAACCACUAAAGCAUGAUGUUUAUUUGAGCUGUUUUUGUGAUUCAUUUAUUUUUAUAUUUCAUAUGUUUUUUUGUGUUUAUAAUAGACUUCAAGUAGUGGUGACCACCUCUGUUCUGAAGAAACACUUUAAGUUAUCAUUAUUAUGGUUCUUACACCUCACCAAUUUUUAUACAAAUUGAUGUUUAUUGUGCUUAUAAAGAAAACAAGACCAUUGCCUGGUUUGUACAUGUAUAAGAAACAAUUGGCUAUAAUGGAGGUGCAAGGUGUCCCCACCCUGACUAGCGGUAGACCCUUACGGGGCUGCAGUCUGCAUGAUCAGAGCUGAACAUUGUGAUAUGUGCCGUGUUUGUACGGAAGUGUUUGUCUUCAGUAUCUUCAUUAAGUUUUAAUGAGGUAAUGCUAUUGAGAGUAGUAGUUAUUUUAAUUAUGCACCCGUGUAUAAUACUAUGAAUAUGUAUUACUGUGAAAUAAAGAAACUUAUCAAAUGUA